GCCGCGGCCCGCGGAGCCCGCCAUGCCGGCGCGGGUCUGAGGCGCGGCGAGCCAGGGCCGAGGCGAGCAGCGGCCGCGCCGGCCUGUGGCCCCGCAGCGGCCGGGCCCGGGCCCCAUGAGCGGCGGCCUCGGCCUCCGGCGCAGCCCGGAAAUGUCCGGCAAGCUCGAGAAAGCAGACUCUCAGCGUUCUCAUCUCUCCUCCUUCACCAUGAAGCUGAUGGACAAAUUCCACUCGCCCAAAAUCAAGAGAACGCCGUCAAAGAAGGGAAAGCCAGCUGAGGUGUCUGUGAAAAAUCCGGAGAAGCCUGUGAGCAAAGAGGCAACAGACAGAUUUCUACCAGAGGGCUGCCCCCUCCCCUUGGAUCUGGAGCAGCAGACAGUAGAGUUUAUGUCCACCAGUGCUGUGGCUUCCAGGUCUCAGAGGCAGAAGAACCUGAGCUGGCUGGAAGAGAAAGAGAAGGAAGUUGUUAGUGCCUUGCGCUACUUUAAGACCAUUGUGGACAAAAUGGCUAUUGAUAAGAAGGUGCUGGAGAUGCUUCCAGGGUCAGCCAGCAAGGUGCUGGAGGCCAUCUUACCCCUGGUGCAGAGUGAUCCUCGAAUUCAACACAGCUCAGCCCUCUCCUCCUGCUAUAGCCGAGUGUACCAAAGUCUCGCCAACCUCAUCCGUUGGUCUGACCAAGUGAUGCUAGAAGGUGUGAACUCAGAAGAUAAAGAGACAGUGACAACCGUGAAGGGGGUCAUCAAGGCUGUGUUGGACGGAGUGAAGGAGCUGGUCAGACUAACCAUCGAGAAGCAGGGGCAUCCGUCUCCAACCAGCCCAGUGAAACGUUCCCCAGCCUGCAAACCCGAUGGCCAGUCUGAGCUCCCCCUGACAGAUCGAGAGAUGGAGAUUCUAAACAAGACAACUGGCCUGUCCCAGUCAGCCGAGCUUCUCCCAGACUCUACAGAUGAGGAGGUCGCACCCCCCAAGCCCCCCUUACCUGGCAUUCGGGUGGUUGAUAACAGCCCUCCACCAGCAUUGCCACCGAAGAAAAGACAGUCAGCUCCAUCCCCGACCCGAGUGGCUGUCGUUGCCCCCAUGAGUCGAGCCACCAGUGGCUCCAGUUUGCCCGUUGGAAUUAAUAGGCAGGAUUUUGACGUGGACUGUUACACACAAAGGCGACUCUCAGGAGGCAGCCACUCGUACGGCGGAGAGUCGCCCCGCCUCUCCCCCUGCAGCAGCAUAGGCAAGCUCAGCAAGUCAGACGAGCAGCUGUCCUCUCUGGACAGGGACAGCGGCCAGUGCUCCCGGAACACAAGCUGUGAAACACUAGAUCACUAUGAUCCUGACUACGAAUUCCUUCAGCAAGACCUCUCUAACACAGACCAGAUACCUCAGCCAGUGGCCUGUCACCUCAGCCCGUUGCCGGAGUCCUUGGGAGAGUCUGGGUCCCCGUUUCUCGGCUGCCCUUUCCAGUUGCCUCCAGCACCCAGCAGCUGUCCCCAGCCAGAUGGGCCGUCGGCCCCAGGACAGCAGGUGGACAUGCCCCCUGCUCUCCCCGAGAAGAAGCGCAGGAGUGCAGCCUCCCAGACCACGGACAGCUCGGGCUGCAGGGUGUCCUACGGGCGGCACCCCUCCCAGUACGACAACAUCUCCGAGGAUGACCCGCAGAACCCGGCCUCGGGCCCGUCCGUCCCCUUCACGCCCUUUGCUGCUAUUCUCCCCUUUCAGCAAGGAGGGUCCUCAGCCUCUGUCGAAUUUGUGGGUGAUUUCGCUGUUUCUGAAUCAACGGGUGACCCGGAAAAACCACCUCCUCUACCAGAGAAGAAAAACAAACACAUGCUAGCCUACAUGCAGCUGCUGGAGGACUACUCAGAACCACAGCCGUCCAUGUUCUACCAGACGCCGCAGAGCGAGCACAUCUACCAGCAGAAGAACAAGCUGCUCAUGGAGGUGUACGGCUUCAAUGACUCGUUCAGCACCGAGGCCUCGCAGGACCUGGCGCCGCCCCCCGCCCUGCCCCCCAAGCAGCGGCAGCUGGCCUCCUAUGCUGCUUCUUCCUUCUCCUCUGUCUCCUACUGUGUCCAGCAAACUAAAGUGGCCUUCACCCCCGAGGACGGCAGUGCCACUCAGGGCAUCAGUGUGUCCGUCUCUAACCCCUUUCUCAGCCGGCACGGCAACUUGCCAGUGCCCUCGUGUAAGUCUGUGUUUAGGUCCUACUCCCAGGACUUCGUGCCUCACGGCCAAGCUUCUGCUCAGCCUUUCCUUCCGCCUACCUCCUCUUCCUCUGCACAUUUCCCCCCCGUCCACCAGCCUCAGAGCUCUGACUUAGUGGUGCCAGCCGUGGCCAGUCUGCCUCCCAGCACCGUGGACGGGCCUCUCUCAUCUUCUCAGGAGAGCAACUUUCAUGGGAACACUGUCCGCCUUCCUUCCGAAAUCUCUCUCACUGACUCGCCCCAGACGCCUUCGAGUGAAAACACCAGUGAGGAGGCUGGUGAGGGUGAAUACGUCAAUCUGUAUUCCUCUGGCCAGGGCAGCGAGGAGCUGGUUCACUCUCGAGGAGAAUCACCAGCUAUGAAAGACGGACAUCCCAGAGAUCCCUCGUCAGCCAGCAGCACGGCCGGGAAGGAGAGCAGAGACAGUGACAGGGCCUCAAGGUCACCAGAUGGUUCAGAGUUGGCUCGAUCGGAGGAGGAAGUGGAUGAGCUGUCCCUCAUCGACCACAAUGAGAUUAUGGCAAGGCUGACACUCAAGCAGGAGGGUGACGACGGGCCGGACGUCCGUGGCGGGUCUGGAGAUAUCCUACUGGUGCACGCUACUGAGACAGACAGGAAAGAUUUGGUGUUGUACUGUGAGGCCUUCUUGACCACCUACAGGACCUUCAUCACCCCGGAGGAGCUCAUCAAGAAGCUGCAGUACAGGUACGAGAAGUUCUCUCCCUUCGCCGACACAUUCAAGAAGCGCGUCAGCAAGAACACAUUCUUUGUGCUGGUGCGGGUGGUGGAUGAGCUGUGCCUCGUGGAGUUGACAGAAGAGAUCUUGAAGCUGCUGAUGGAGCUGGUCUUCCGCUUGGUGUGCAACGGGGAGCUCAGCCUGGCCCGCGUGCUCCGGAAGAACAUCCUGGACAAGGUGGACCAGAAGAAGCUGCUCAGGUGUGCCAACUCCGACCAGCCCCUGGCAGCCCGGGGGGUAGCCGCCAGGCCGGGGACUUUGCAUGACUUUCACAGCCAUGAAAUAGCCGAGCAGCUGACCCUGCUGGAUGCUGAGCUCUUUUAUAAAAUAGAGAUUCCUGAGGUUUUGCUUUGGGCAAAAGAGCAGAAUGAGGAGAAGAGCCCCAACUUGACCCAGUUCACGGAGCACUUCAACAAUAUGUCCUACUGGGUCCGGUCAAUAAUCAUGUUACAAGAAAAAGCCCAGGACAGGGAGCGGCUCCUGUUGAAGUUCAUCAAGAUCAUGAAGCACUUACGGAAGCUGAACAACUUUAACUCCUACCUGGCCAUCCUCUCAGCCCUGGACUCAGCUCCCAUCCGCAGGCUGGAGUGGCAGAAGCAGACCUCGGAGGGCCUGGCCGAGUACUGUACACUGAUCGACAGCUCAUCCUCCUUCCGCGCCUACCGGGCCGCCCUCUCCGAGGUGGAGCCCCCCUGCAUCCCCUACCUGGGGCUUAUCCUGCAGGACCUCACCUUUGUUCACCUGGGAAACCCAGACUAUAUUGACGGGAAGGUGAAUUUUUCCAAACGGUGGCAGCAGUUCAACAUUCUGGACAGCAUGCGGUGCUUCCAGCAAGCGCACUACGAUAUCCGAAGAAAUGAUGACAUCAUAAACUUCUUCAAUGACUUCAGCGACCACCUGGCGGAGGAGGCCCUGUGGGAACUUUCUCUGAAAAUCAAACCUAGGAACAUAACAAGGAGAAAAACAGACCGGGAGGAGAAGACCUAGAAGUAGGUGCCGUGAGCGAGGAGAACGCUCGAGAGAGGCUCCGAGACCGGGAGGGACUUUGGACCUGUCCCCGGGCAGGCUGCACGUGUCCCGGCCCCAGGGCCCAGCCAGCCCUCUGCCAUGCGGGGCAGGAGCCCCAGCAGCUUCCUGCUGCCCUCCUCCGCGGGAGCGGUCGCCCGGCCCACCGUGGAGCCAGCAGGCAGGUCUCGUUCCUGGUUUGUGAGCCCGUGGUUUGGUUUUGGUUUUGGUUUUGGUUUCUGCUUUCACUUUGUAUUCCUCUCUCCGCCCCCCUCCCACUUGGGAGCAGCACAGGGAGAUGGGCAGACCAAGGCACAGUGGGACACUCUUCACCCCUCCCUACAUUCUAGGGUCCUGAGUCUGCUGAAAUGACAAGAGUGGAGGACCCUGAAAGGUGGGGGACCUGGCAGCAAAGGGACCUUCAGUAGGGUGGGCAGAAAGCGGAGAAGACCGGGGCGGCUCCUUUUACUUUCCUUGUCCUGCUUUUUAAAUGCAAGAUGGUGUGAGCGUUUGAUGUGACCCAGAGGGGUUCACCAGGUGGCCUUCCAGUAGGCCUGGGGCUGGCGCGCCCGUCACGGUACUGGCCCUCAGAACCGUCAUCUUCCCGUCCCUUCCUGUCCCCGACCACCUGGCGCUUCGGGGAGCUAGGAAGAAGAUGGAGCAAGGGAGGACGUGGUUGUACCUGAGCCGGGGCCAGGAGUUCCGGGGUGAGUGAAGUUGGAGAGUGGAGGGGCCUUUCUGUCUUGGGGAAGGCCGGCAGACCCCUCUUCUUUCGCUUGCUGUGUGCCUUAAACUCCAUCUCCUGCCCCCCCCGCCGCCCCCAUGGGCUCCCCUCCUGCCCUGCUCCAUCCUGGCGGAGCCAGGGGGGUGUUCCCCUGCCCUUUCCACCAGUGCGCAGUGAGCUCUGCCCAGGGAAGGACGGGAGGUCCCUGAUGGCCGGGGGCGCCCGCUGAGGCUGACCGGCCCCGGCUCCCACCCCGGGGCAUACUUGCUCUCUCCACCUUCCUUGUUGGAAACGGCGCUCGCUGGGGAGGUGGACCGUCGGAGGCAGGUUUGCAGGGAGGUCCCUGCACACGGGCCGGGCCGCUGCCCCCACACCCCUUGGGUGCUGGUUUGCGUGACUGAGUGCUUGCUUCUCCUGGGCUUGGGACUUGGUCAGGCAAAUGCCAGGAUCGAACUUCUUAAACAACCAUGUCACUUUGAGUCCUUCCUGAGUUUUGAGCAGCUUUCUCCACUCUUGUUUUGGGGUCCUGGACAUCGAGGGGAGGACAUCCGGAACUGCCAGUGGAGCCCCCUCGCGAAGCAGGCUGGCCGCUGCAGGCCAACCGUGUCACUUUCUUAUUUAAAGCGUGUGGUCUUUGCUCUUCGGCGGUGCUGGGGGGGGGGCUUGGUGCCCACUUUGAGUCCCCUCACUGCGGUCUCGUCUCCCUGCCCAUCUGGCCCUCAGCCUGGCCCAGCUCUGCUGGGUGCUGCUGCAUGCACGUGCGGGGGCCGCAGCAGCCCCACUACUAAUGCGGGCUCUCCGCCUCACGCACCUGGCAGCAGAUGGCGGGGGGGCUUUACUUUCCCUCCCCUCUCCUCUGGUAGCCCUGCCAGGUGGAGGGAGCAGUGUUCGGGGGACGGGGAGCCCGUGGGUCAGGGUAGCCCCUGCGUGAGGACCGCAGGGGCCGUAUGUGUUUAACUUAUUGGUUGACAGGCUCCCCAUCCCGCGCCUCCUUAAGACAUCCUCCUGGCUCUGGGAGUUGCCCCACCCUGUGCCAGCCCCGCAGCCGGGCUGUGAUUGGUCUUGGGGGACCAGGACCGGGUGUCCCUGCAGGUGGGGCUGAAGCCAGGGAAGGGUGGGCACAUGCCAGGUCAGAAGGAACCCAAGUCUUCAGAAGCGCCUCCCUCUCCUCCAUGCCUCGCCCCUGUUACAUUGUAAUAUAUAUACAUAUAUCCCCACUAACCUGGCUGAUAGUGGCAUCUUCCUGCAGACAUUUCAAACCUGUAACUUUUAUAUGAAAGGAAAAUAAACACAAUGAAAGCUGCGUUCAAGUGACAAUCCGAGCUGCCCCUGCACACGUCCCAGUUCCCACACCCGUGUGCU